AGGGAACAGACCAGCCCAGAACCACAACAGUCACCAGCAGUGACUAACUAGCAAACGACGAUGGCCAACUCACUCCCAACAGCAGAUCGAUAUCAACUGCAACAACAGCAACAGCAAAAAGAAUCCACCAUUCAAUUCAAACCGGUCGACUCAACCGAGCAACCCAAACGAGUUCGGCAGAGAACUUUAAGAGCAUGCGAUAGUUGUAGGAAGAUGAAAAUCAAAUGUAUGAUGAACUCAGACGAACCUCCUUGUGAAGCAUGUAAACUCACCUCGAGGGACUGCAAAUUCGAACAUGUUGGUGUCAAACGAGAGAAACCUCCUUCUGUUCGGGAAGUUGAGCAGCUAAAACGUAAAAUUGCUCAACUUGAAGCUGUCUUAAUCAGAUUGAGACCUCAGAUCGACCUGAGCUUAUUGCCGAGAACGAACGACCAGGCUAAAACUAUGGCCAAUGCCCUACAAGAUACCUCUUCUAGCCAUCCACUGAAUCCUCAGAUCUCUCUUGCUCACCAAAAUCUAGUCCUAGGAACCGAUGAUCAUCACCGUAACCAUGAGGAAAUCCAACACGAUAGUCAAGAUGAUGAAGAUGAGGAUGAUGAUGAUGAAGAAGAGGACGAGGAAGACCAAGAUCAAGAUGAAGACUUUCGAACCAUGUUGAAAUCGAUGGGUGAAUGCCAGCUGGGCUCAUACCAAUUCUUGGUCCAAGACAAGGAUCCAUUCAGUAGUCAAAAUCACCGGAAAACUCACUCGCUCGAAGACCCUGAUCCCAACCCAGACCCAGAUGAUCAAACUGCAUCGUUUAUCGAACAAUACCGCUCGAACUACCUCAACCAAAUCUUGAAAAAAGAUUGGCCGGAUGAUGACCUGGCAAGCAAAUUGCUCUCAACCUACUUCGAAUUCGUUCACCCUUAUCCUCCGAUCGUACACGAGCUCGAGUUUAGAAAAGAUUAUCGAGCCGGAUUGGCCAAGCGAAAUACUGAAUUUCAAUCACUCUGUUAUGCUAUCUUUGCAGCUGCUUCGCCAUACCUUGAUGAUCCAAGAGUACUUUAUACCUCCCAUUCCGAUGGCCUCCAUCCUCGUCAAUCUGCUGGCGCCAUCUUUGCUCACGCUAGUAUUGUUGGAGCCACUAAAUUCCAAACUGUUAAUUUAGUUGGCUUACAAUCCUUAGCCAUCAUAUCUUACUACAUGCUCGCAAUGUCCAAUCCUCGUCACACGUUUGCCUUGGUAGUUGAAUUUCUCAGAACAGCUGUCACCUCUGGAGCUCAUCUCGAAGAAUCGGCUCGUUGGAAUACCUCGUUUUUAAACAACCAAUUGAGAAAGCGGGCCUUCUUUGCAUUGAUUACAGUCGAGAAAAACACAACAUCUUCUCUUGGAUAUGUAAACGUACCCCAAUCUUUCUGUAACCUAGUCUCUCCUCCAAUUUUCGUAGAGGAUGCUACCAUGAGUCUGCUAGAUAAACAAGAUGGGAUGCAACCCACGCCAGAAGCACGCAAACAAUUUAGAGAGCAGCUAUACUCGAGACCACAGACCCCCGGAGAAGCAGCGUUCAAUUCUCUGUGGUCGGUCAGAAAUAAAUUGGAAUCGAAAAGUCGCAACAUGAUCUUGAAUCAAUUGAAGGCCCAAUCAUCUCCAUCAGCUCAAACCACUUCAUCAUCAACUACGACUCAGGACGAUCCAAAUUCCAAAACUAAGAAUAACCGUCAUCUGUUUAUCCUCAACUUUGGAACGGCUCUAUGGGAAUUUAUUGAGAAUGAAAUGAAUCCCAUGGGACGAUGGAAUCCAUCUCUGACGUCUAAGCGAGACUUGUUCGCCACUUCCUAUUGUGCUUGCUUGCUUUGGAGCAUCCUGAUCCGAGUUAAUCUUGAAGCUGUUUCAGUCUAUCCAGAACUAGUUCACCGCUGCCUCCAAGCUGCUUCAUCCAUCUUGGAUACCUUGGAGGACAUGAAAGUUCUUGGUCACUUGGACCUUCUUCGAGGAGACAUUCCAUAUUUUCUUGCCCCAGUCGGAUUGUUCUUACUGUGGGCUAUCAGUCAGGACAAUAACCCGCUUGUUACCGCCGAUUUCAAAGCUAAUGCCUGGGUCAGGAUCACCAAAUGUGUCGAAAUCCUAAACAUUCCAGCCCCAGUAUCAUUUGUCUCCGAAAAACUCUCACUGAAAUUUACGGCAUACAUGAACCAUUUGAAAGAGGAAAUUCACAACCCUAGCCUGGAUCCUGGCACUUCGACGAAUAUUUCUAAAAAACGUCCGAUCAGUGAAAUUAUGGCCAAAAAAGUCGAACAACCAACCAUCUCCAAUUUGCUGUUCUCACAACACGCCUCACCAGCUAACUCAGACUCUUAUGUGGACCCAGUGCAAGCACCGCCAUCAUAUGCCGAUUUCAAUUUUUCCGAUUUCAUGAGCACUACCGGAACUUCACAAUUUCCAAGCUGGAACUAUGAUGCAAACCCCCCAGGGCAGCAACUGGAAAUCCAAAUCCAAAUAAUCAACAGAAUGCUUACGAUCCAUCUUCUUAUUCACAUCUUCAAUUACAAAACCUUUUACUUCAAUCAGGAAAUGUACCGCAACAACCUUUAA